AUGGCCGCUCCACUCAUUCAGCCAUACACACAUCAGCAUCCUAGUCUUGGCCAGAUCGAAGGCAUUGUCAGAGGAAGCGAUGUUGUCCAGUUCCGAGGAAUACCCUUCGCAGACAUACCAGCGAGGUUCCGGCAAUCCGUUCUCCGCACUGAGCUACCAAAGCAACCAUUCGAUGCAACUCAACCUGGGCCCUUCUGUCCGCAGCCAACGUCACUUCCAUUCCCACCAUUUUGGACUGGUCCGAUUCCUGCAGACCAUCCUACCCUUCCACCAACGACAUACGACGAAUGGAACUGCUUGAACCUCAACGUCUCCGCGCCGGCACCGAUCCUCGCUUCCACAAAGCCGGUACCUGUGCUCGUGUACAUCCACGGAGGAGCGUUCGUCAGUGGAGGGAACGGAAUUCAAGUCACCGGCCGAGAGAUAUCGGAUCCAACUAAUCUCAUACGCCGUAUGGUCGCUCGUGGCAAACCGCUGGUCGUCGUCAACAUCAAUUACCGCCUUGGGCCCUUUGGCUUCCUCGCAUCAAAAGAGCUCACAUCAUUCAACAAGUCUCACGGCGAAGCAGAGGGUAAUUAUGGUCUCCAUGAUCAACGCACGGCACUGGAAUGGGUCUGCAAGUUCAUUGCUGGCUUUGGUGGUGAUCCCGAGAACGUCACCAUUGCUGGCGGAAGUGCUGGCGGAGCUUCCUGUCACUGGCAAGCCAUCUUUCCCAAGAGGAAGUUCCGGAGAGCGAUCCUGAGCAGCGGCACAGCUCUGGCGCUGGGUGCACUGCCACUUGACAGGCACCAGAAGAUCUUCGACACCAUCGCCGACAAAGCUGGGCGUGAUGUUAAAGAUGUGCAAAAUCUCACUUCAGACGACCUCAUUGCAAUGUCCAGUGGAGCCCAUCACCCAUACAUUGAUGGGGAGUGGAUCAAAAGCGGCGACUUUCAAACGCACCAGAACGUGCAUGACAUCCCCGAUCUGAUGAUUGGGUGGACGACUUUUGAAGAGGACUUGACAUAUGCCGUGCUUGGUUCACGCCAGCCCUACACCGACAGCGGCAUGCGAGGCGUCCUUGAAGACUUCUUCUCCACCUCUGGCAUUGUCAGCGGCUCCGACGCUCUGUUCCAACCUGGCGUCUUGAAGGCGUACAAUCUCGAAAAUGCACGAACCGAGUUGCGGGCUGAGGACCUGCAAAGCUGCGCUGAACUCGCCGCCGACGUGAUCUUCAAAAUCCCUCCAAUUCUCAUCGCGAAAAGGCAUGAACAUGGAAAGAUCUUCGUCUGGAACCUCCAAGUCACAAACCCACACUCGGGAUGGCCGUUGGGCUACCGAAAGGCUCACCACGCUUUGGCUGACUUGCUCGUGUUUGACGUUGCGGGCGAUUUGGUCCCGCCGGAGCACCGCGAGGAGUAUGAUCCACCGGUCAAACAGCUCCAGGAGGAUUGGACGGAUUUCUGCUACGGCGAGCUGAAGUGGGAGGAGUUUGUUGCUGGGAGUGAAGAGAUGGGCCCGGUGUACACGUACGAGAACUUCGGUCGCGGAGGCAGACGUGCAACGCUUGCGGAGGCCAUCGGGGAGAAGACGCUUGCGAGGUGGCGGGAGGUACUCGAGGUGUCAGCAACAACAAGCCGACUCUCAUUCCCGGCACCGCAAUUAAGCUGCACCAAGACCGCUUCCGACAUGAAGCUCAUCACACUCGCCCUCGCUGCCGCGUCGCUCGCGGCAGCCCAAAUCCCAGACCAACCGAAGUGCUGCGAGAACUACGCGUACCCGGUGCAGGCAGCAUGUCCUGGCGGUGUGGUCUGCGCCUUCAUCGAUCCUAGCAGCGUUCCAGUCGAGCCCCGCCGGGCCGGACGACGAACGGCAACACUCCCCAAGCUUCCGGAUCUUUCGCGGAAUGACCAAUUGGCCAUCGCCUUCGAGUGGUAUUGGACUACUUUCGAGAAGGAGACAGGUGUACAGAACUAUUUUCGUGGCGUUGUUACGGCGCCUUCGUCGAAACAGCGAGUCGACUGGGACUGGUAG